AUGGACAAGCUGAGGAAUGCCAUUAAGGAGAAAACAAACCGGAGCCUGGAUAGAAUGGUUAAGCUUGAAUCGUUUGACGGACUUAAGGACCCCCAGGACCACCUCAACACCUUCAAGACGACACUAGGCCUUCAACAGCCUCUUGAUGAAAUAUUGUGUCGUUCCUUUCCUACCACUCUCAAAGGAGCUGCAAGGGAAUGGUUCACAAAGUUGCCAACUUCGUCCAUCGAUAGCUUUAAGCAGUUGAGCAACGCCUUUUUGCGCCACUUUGUCAGGGGACAAUGCCCCAAAAGGCUAGCGGACCACUUGCUUACUAUUAGACAAGGGGAGAAAAAAACCCUGAGGUCGUACGUGAAACAAUUCACGAGGGAGACCCUGGAGGUAGACGAAGCAGACAACAAAGUGCAGUUGACGACCUUUAAGGCAGGGCUGAAGUCCAGAGAGUUCGUGAUGUCACUCGCAAAGAAUCCUCCUAAGAUGAUGGCAGAGAUGCUCCUGAAGGCACAGAAGUACAUAAAUGUUGAAGAUGCAUUAGCCGCCAUAAGAGACGUAGAGAAGCCAACAAACAAGGGAAAGAAGGAGGACAAUCGUAGAGGACAAAAAAGGGAGUGUCCAGAUCGCCAGACCAGCGACAGGGACAAGAAGAAGUACUGCCAGUUCCACAAGGAUCACGGCCACUACACAAAAGAUUGCUGGGACUUGAAGGAGCAGAUAGAGGAAUUGAUACAGAAAGGAAAACUACAGAAGUAUGUGAAGAAAGGAGAAUCCAGUAGGUUCAAAGACGAUGAUAAAAACCAGCGCGGGUUUUCGCCCAAAGACAAGGAUCACACGUCUCAACAACCACAAACCGUGAUCGGGGAGAUAAGGACAAUCAUGGGUGGGCCAUUCACAGGUGGGUCAUUCAGAUCUCUCAAGAAAGCAUGUCAGAGGCAGGUGAACAGCGUUCACACGACACCCCCAUUUAAACAAAGACGGAUGAACCAGGACAUGUCUUUCGGUGAAGAAGAUGCUAGGGGAGUAAAGUAG